CCCUGAUGAAAAACAAGAAGGAGAAAUCUCCCAGCUCCCGGCCUGUUUUAGAGAUCUACUCUGCUUCGGGAAUCCAGCUGGCCAGCGUAGUGUGGAAGGAUUCUCCGGCGAUGUUCCUGGGCUGGACCACCAGCGAGGAGCUGCUCAGCGUCCAAGAGAACGGGAUCGUCCUUCUCCACAGCCUUUUCGGCGAAUUCAAGAAAAAAGUCACCAUGACCAGCGUAAGUGAGGACAAGCCGAGGGUUGAGGCGGAGAAGGUGGGUUCAAGACGCAGUUGUGCGGAGUCUCGCCACACGCGAAGCCUCCGGGAAGCCAGCCGUGUUAGGGCUUUGCAUGGCGUAGGAACGCCGAUGCCUCCUUUGGACUUCUGUUAUAAACCAGGGUUAAGUGGAGGGAGAAUUGGAGCCUGCGGCAGAAGGACAACUGAUUGUCCGAAAUGGUGUAGGGUCUCCUGCUUGAGCCUGCUGGAAUAUGAACCCCGGCCGGGAAAGCAGGUGCCCCUUUUGCUGACCAUGAACAGAAGGGAGCUGGCCUUGACCAGAGCCAUCGAGAGCGGAGACAGCGACCUGGUUUACACCGUCAUCUCGCGCCUGAAGGACAGACUCCCCCGGGGCGAUUUCUUCAUGGCUUUGCAGAACGAGCCCGUGGCGUUGAGUCUCUAUCGUCAGUCACCAAAGGGGAAUCGCAUGACCUUGGGACACUGCGACCGUUAUAAAUGCGAAUACCCUCUGAGUGAGGAUUCGCACCUGGUCCCAGAGCUGGACGGGGUGCGCAUUUUCUCUCGCUCCACCCACGAAUUCCUCCACGAGAUCCCAGAGGCCACUGAGGAGAUCUUCAAAAUUGCCUCCAUGUCGCCCGGGGCCUUGCUGCUUGAAGCGCAGAAAGAAUAUGAGAAAGAGAGUCAGAAAGCGGACGAAUAUCUGCGUGAAAUCAAGGACCAGAAGCUGCUUUCGGAGGCGGUGGAACAAUGCAUUAAAGCAGCCAGCUACGAACAUUCCCCGCCCAUCCAGAAAGCUCUCCUCCAGGCUGCCUCUUUUGGGAAAUGCUUCAUUGACAAAUUUUCACCGGAAAACUUUGUCGAAACCUGCCGAGAUCUGCGGGUGCUUAAUGCCGUCCGAGAUUACCAGAUUGGGAUCCCUCUCAGCUUCGAUCAAUAUAAACAGCUGACCAAGGAGGUUUUGCUGGACAGCUGGUGGAUUCUUCGAGACAUCUUGGAUAGUAUUCUUGGCAAAAUGUUAGUUCUUGGUCUGCUCUCUUGCUGUCUUGACAGGUUCUGGUGGCUGAAGAUCAGUGCCUUGGCGGAGCAAGGGGCCUGGGAAGAUCUGGAGAAGUUCUCCAAGUCCAAAAAAUCACCUAUCGGCUACUUGCCCUUUGCGGAGAUCAGCAUGAAGUACGGCAACCGGAGCGAAGCCAAGAAGUACGCCGCCCGAGUCACCCCCGAACAGAAAGUCAAGGCUUUCCUCUUGGUGGGGGAAUUCAGCCAGGCGGCCGACGCCGCUGUGGAGCGCAAGAACGAAGCGGAAAUGAUGCUCAUCCUCUCCAAGUGCACCGAUGCCACCGUGGCCGCUAAACUGGAACAGGCAAAAGCUCAACUGGGAAAGAAAUGAGGUCUUCCCACCGUUCCCGGCGACUUCCGAUCUGUUGGAACUCUUCCGCUCUGGCCCACUUCCGGAAACAGCUUUGCAGCCUCUGGGGGUUUUGGACUACAGUCCCCAUCCUCCCCAGCCAGCACCGGAGCCCUCUAGCCAAUGCGCCUGGAUGGAGGGCCACCAGGUUGAGGAAGGACUUGGGGAAGAUUUGAUCCGAGAUGCGUUAAUGGGAUGCCCUGAUUGUUGGGUGUGUGUGUGUUUGUUUUGGGGGUGACUAAGGGGGGAAAAAAAUCACCCUCUUCUCUUCUCCUUUCUUCCUUUUUCAUCCCUCCCUUUUCACCGUUUUAACUUUUGUUGGCUCUUCCGCCUUAAGGGCUGCCCACCCGCCUUCCUUCCUUCUACAAUCAUAGGCUCCUCUAUCCGCCCUGCUUCCAGAAAAAUCACCUCUUGGUGCUCCAUCCAUUUGGAACAGCAAAGCAACCAGAUCAGGGAAAACGGGGUGGCCUUUUUUUUGGGGGGGGGGUUGCCCCAAAAGUAGCCCGAUAAUUCAAUUUAGUAGGAAUUUGCAAUAUGGGAGAAAUGCAGAGAAACAAUUUCUGGGGGUUUGUUCCUUAUUCCAUCAUAAUUUGUCCCAAACUAUUUGGAGGGGGGGGAAAUGUAAAAUACAACUGGGGGCACUUCGAGGCCGUUUCUUUGCCCUCCUGCAUCAAAUCAUUGAGCUGAAAGGUUUUGACGUUCGGCGAGAUUCUUGGUUAUCGUCCUCCGCCUGCCCCAAAUUUCUGAGCGGCCCUCACAAUGCUUUUGUUUUUCAGUGAAAGGCGGAUAUUAAAAGUUUUCUUGGAAAUGA